AUGCGGCGACUUAUUCUUUUUCUGUCAGCUGUGUCCGCUCGGGUAGCAAUUGAAGACGAAGUUUGCAUUGACCAAGAUCUUCAACAAGACUGCAUUGGAAUUUGCCGCGUUGACUACACUGCUUGCCGACUUCUUUGUGAGACUGAGUAUUGUCUAUCGAUUUGCUCCUCGAAUUUUGACAAAUGCAACAACGAUUGCCCUUGUGGAGAAAACUGUCCAAAUGGAUGCGAAUGCUGUGAAAAUCCGAUUUGCCCGACAACAGAGUCCAUUCAAACAACAGUUUCUGACGACAACGGCAUCUUCUAUCCAAUAAUCAAGGGCCGCGGAGUUUCUGAAGCCUUUUUGAAUGGAAUGUAUGUUCUUUGGCCAGUUGACACGCUGGGUGACGCUGUUCGAAUUGUAGAAAUGGAAAUUCUCGAAGGAGGAAUCAAAAGAGGCAAGAUUGAGGAUGUUAAAACAAAUGAGCAGUGGAGAAGAAUUUCUUGGCUAGCUCAAAACGGAGGAAAUAUGAUGGAGCGAGUUAUUGACGAAGGUGAUUUCUGGCGAUUUGUUCCUCAUCCUACUAUGCCGGAUACUUUUCAAAUCCAUUUGGAUACUGACUAUCACUAUGACAACAAUAUCAAUGACCGCAAUGUUCUUUCAAUUCUCUACAAUUCUUUCGCGAUGGAAGAUACGAUUUACGCUCCAAGAAUUUUUUACGAAGAAUCGGUCAACAUGGAAAAUGAAGAAUAUCUCUGGACAUUUGUUCGCCAAUAA